AAAUACCAAAUAUUUAUAUUAAGUAAGAAACAUAUUGAAAAUAGUAUACAAAGCUAAUAUCGGGUAGUUCGAACAUUACGGUCGCAGAAAUGGAGAUCUAACUGCCCUGUAAAUUGUUCUUUCGCUUGUCAAAAGUUAUAAGACAAAAAAACAAAAAUUAUGAUUCAUAGUUUCACAAAUAAAUACAUAUUCAGAAAAGAUUUUGAGUUUAUAUACUUGUUUUCUACUGGCUUUCCAAAGCUUCAGAUUAUCCAUUUAUCUAACCAACCGAUCGGACUUUAAUGAAUUCAAAAAAAAGAUAAACAGCUUCUCUUUAGGACUCCGUCUAAGAUGUCGACGUAAGAUUUUAAAUAUAGCAAAGUAAAGUUUCAAGCCAAGCGUCUUCUCACAGGGACUGACGGAACGGAUUAAAAGUACAAAACAAAGGUCUAACCAAAUGAGUCUGUAUGUCAAAGUUGAGCCAUCCUUUUUUGCAUAGGAUGACCGAGUAGUUUAACUGACCCUUAUUGCUGCAUAUAUUAGCAGGUUGGGUUUUCUCAUCUUUAAUAUUCACCUAGCCUGACCAAUUGCUCACGUUCAAUAUAAUUUGGGCUUUGUAAAUCAAUUAAACUAUACUAUACUUCCGAAUCCGUUUUUUCAUAAACUUUGAUUUCAUUAAAGCAAUUCAAACUUUGUUCCAAACUGAUUUUUAGUCGUAGAAUUUGGUGUUAGGUUUUUCUAGGUAAACUGUCAAACUGUCAGAUUUUAAAUGGCAACUGUAACAAAACCGGAUACGAAAAGAACGUAUCCUAGUUGGUUUGAAAAUCUCCACACUGAAAGAAAGGCGGCUGAAGGUAAUCGGGAUAUAUCAUAUGAUCAUCGUCAAUUGGUUAGAGCUACACGCAUCGAAACAGAUAUAAAUACAAAAUAUGAUCAACUCCAAAGAAAUAAUCAAUUAUCUGAUCGUAUAUGGAUUGUACGUCAAUGGCGUGACAAAUUAAUUACUCAAUUAAAUAAACUCAAGCAAAAAGACACUCAUUUAAAAGCUGGUAAACAUAAAACACAAGAAUUUAUGAUUAAAUUAAAUGAUUCAUUUGAUGUCAACAUUGAAUCUCUAACACAUUUGGAUCGUAGACAAAAUGAUGAGAAUAUUAUUGAUCCUGUUUUUAAGGAAUUAAACAUGGAACGUGAUCUAUUGAAAGAAAUACAAACAGAUCUUCAACGACAAAUCGACGAAGCAAUUCAUUUAUUAGUUGAAAUGAAUAAUGUAGCAAAACCAUUUUAUUCAGAUAUUUUUAAUAAAAAUGAAGCUGUACAUAUCGAUAUUGAUGUUUAUAAUUUGAAUGAAAAGUCAUCUUGUAUUAGUCAAAAACCGUUCUGUGAACGUUUACCAGAAAGCUCAAUAGAUUUGCGAACAUGGGAGAACAUAAGUUAUCAAACUUUAGAAAAUGCUGAAAAUGUAAUUGAAAAAGCUGAUGAUUUACUACAUCGAUUGCAUAAUGAUCUGCAUAAAGCGAUCAAUAGGAUGGCGAGUAAAGCUAGUCAAGUAGAUAAUGAACUACGUAGGCGUAUACAUGAUACUCUUAGAUCAUUACGUGAAAUCGAAUAUCAAAUUAAAAGUACUGAAAAUGAAAGAGAUGAACAUUUAAAAGACAUAAAAAGUUUAGAAGAAACUAUACGUGCAAAAAAAGGAAGUUUAAAAUUAGCCGAAACACGACUGGAGAAACGUCAUAAUAGAUCGGGGAAUGAAAAUAUUCGAGAUGAUCCACAAUUAAGUCUGCUAGAAGAGUUAUCAAGCCUACGUAAUUGUAUUGAUAUGUUAGAAGAAAAACUUACAAAAUCUAGGAGUAUACUGAAUAAUUUAGAACAGCAAAUUGUUCAACUACAUUAUGAUACUCAACAGAAACGUAAUGCUUUACAAAUUUAUGAAGAAAUUUAUAAUAUACGUAAACGUCUUGAUUAUGCUACAAUUGUUGAUAAUGGUACAAAUACAAAUAAUCAUUUGUCAUCAUGUCCAAUGAUACCCAGUGGUAUUCAACGAGAAUCAGUUUUAUUUUAAUAAGUGAGAGAGAAUUUAUGAAACUUCAAAAGUUUCUAAUUUUAUUUCAUAACUUUAAAACACGUAAAGCUUAAUUUCUAUUGAUCUCAUUGUAGUUUACGUAAUUAUUGGAUUUUAUUUUAUAGUUCUUUCAUAUUUCUUCAUUUCUUUAUGAUCAAUGAGCAUUGAAUAACUAUUUCUGUUUGUGAUAAAAAUGAAUUAUCUUAUUUAUUCAUCAUCAUUAUUGUCCUUUUGUUUGAGAACAAGAAGAAAAAUCUCACUAAAUAUGUCUUUCAUUAAAUAUAAAUCAAAUAUAUUUGAGAUGGUGAAGAAGAUUUAUAGCUCAACUGGAUGAUUUUGAUGAAGUUUUGUUCUCUGAGCUGGAUAGUUUGAUCAUGGAGCUUUCAUCAUUCCUCUGAACGACAUCAUCAGCAAGAACCAUCAAAAUCAAAUAUAUUUAUCAUGUUCUACUCUUAUGUAAUAAUACAUUAUUCUAAAUAGUCAAUAAUUAUAAAUACAAAUUUGCUUGGUGUCAA